UGAUUGAAGUCCUGCGAACAGGUUUUAUUGCUUUUUUGAUUUUGUUAGGCUGUUUUUGGUGGAAAUUGGGUGAUUCAUGCGGUCCCGGUAAUCUCUCCGUUGUACUGCCCCCGUUUGCGUGGAUCAUCCUGUCCACAGAUUCCAGUGAAGAGGGGUCCAAAUCAUCCGCAUACACCAGUGUCUUCCUCAUCCGCUGGUUCUGCUGGGAAGUCAGUCCGAGUGUUGACAAAUUUUCCUUUGUGUACUUGUCUUCGUCGUCGCCUACUACUUUCCCAAUCAUCCACCUUUUCGGUAGCUGCACAACAAAACAAAGGACAAAAUACGGCUGUUGUAUCGUACGAUCACAGUAGCCUGCGAUGUUCAGUUUCGAUGGCGAGUUUCGUCGAAGACCGCAGCAGAACCUUGGGGGUGCCUCACAGCGGACGGAUCGUUUGACGAUCAUCCGGAAGGCACAGCAAGAACGGCAGAAACGGGAGGAUGCCCGGCGACAGCAGAACGGAGCCACCGUGAUACAGUGCGCCAUCCGUAGCUUCAUCCAGCGCCAGCAGACAAAACGACGGGAACGGGAUAAGGUUGAUGGGUACCGGAGGAACGCCGGCGGUGUUAUCCGGUCCGGUCACGAUUUGGAGUUUCUUACGAAGCGGAUAAUCUACUUCUACUUCCCGAGUAACGCAUCGGAUGCAGAUCGUUUGAUUUUCAUCUGCCAGUACAUGAUAAGAAAUCCGGCCGAAGUGUUCAAACUCAUCGUCAGUGAACCGAUCUGGACGUAUCGCAUCAAACGGCUUCUCGGGCUCUGUCUAGGCCAGAUCGUCCUACCGGAUCACUCACCGACCGUCCCGAUGCGUAUGCUGGAAAUCUAUUCAUCCAACGUUCACGUUACGAAGCACAUCAUCGCCGGUCAAUCAUCGACGGCGGAGGGCCAUCAGUUCAUCCAGCGUUACCUGAUGACCGUGUACGGUCACCUGAUUGAGCGGCGCUACUUUGGUGUCGUACGCCGGUUGCUCGAGGACCGGUUACCACCGAUCGACGAAGAAACGACUUCGGCCAUCGCCACACACCCAAUCGCUGGUGCCCUGUUCGAGAUGUUACUACGACCGCUCGAACUUGUCACACGCUCCUGCGAGACGACACCACCGGAUACGCUCUCCCGUCAGAUACUGCAAUCGUUCACGUACAACAUCCUGUCCCCGCAGCUAACCGGUGCGAUCAAAUACUACGUGCUCCGGGAACUCGGUGAACGGGAUGAUUUCCCUUACUGUACGCUGCUCCGCUGCAUUGCCGAUGAGUACCAGGCAAGGCUUGACUUCCGUAGGACGAUACUGAUCGAUUUAACCGGUGGUACGGAUGACGCCAGUGGUGCGCUAGAUACCGGCGGUACAGCAAAAAAGCCUCGCACGACAGAUCGAUCGGCGGAUGAAGGUUUGCUGCUAAGCAGCUCGUUGCUCUACUGUCUGCUCAAGCUCGACGAGCGCCAUAUAGGCUCAAUGACUAGCAGGGAGCUGUUUAGUGCCUACCUGAAGGUGAUCGCCUCGAUGGUGGACAACGUCACGAAACUACCUCGCGAUAUCAUUCGCUACUACACCCACACGCUGGACGAUUCGAGUGAUUCGGAAUCGGACGGAGAGGACGCUCCGCGGUUGACGAACAUCGAGGAGAGUGUUCUGCUCGAGACGAUCGCGAUGCUAAACGAUGGCCGUCGGGUGACGUACCUCGUCGAUACCGUGCUGACGGUACUGGAAGAUGUGGCCACAAUGCAGAGCCUUUGCCAGAUCUGUCACAGUCUGAUGUCGUAUAAUCGGUUGGCAGUGUACGAGUACAAGCUGCUGUACACGCUCGCCUCGAAACCGGCCAUCAUACGGACGCUCUGGUACACGCUGACGGCACAAUCGAUGACCCAACGGUUCUCCUCACCGAUCGUACUGCUCUCUAAGGGUAUCAAUAUAUCAAAGGACGACACCGACCGUACCGUACCGAUGUUGGCCUCGUUUUGUGCCCUGUUUGGUCGCCUAAUCGCAUCACUGCAUGAUGGCGAAUUUGUACAGGAAAACCAGCUACCCGGUUCCGUGAGCAUCGCCAUCAUGCCGUUCAGUAUCGCCGAGCUUAUACCACUUAGUACGACCCUCAAGGAGGUUUCGCUGGGUUUGGUUGAGUUGGCUUUCCCCGAAACGCGUUCCUUCCUCGAUGAAAACUAUCGCACCAUGAUAUCAUCGCUCGCUGGUUCCAGUGGCAGUGCCGGUGGUACGAGUAGCGGUCGCAGUGCGGCCUCCACUCGACGUAUCUCUGCUGGCGGCAGCAGCAGUGGCACCGGUAGCGGAGAGCAAAACAAACAAAUCUGGCCUCACCUGCUGAAGGUGUGCGUGGCGCUGUUACGUCAGAUUCAUACGCGCGAUCUACGCCGUGGUUUCUGCCCCGAAGGACACUGGACGGCACAGAAUUUGAAUCUUCCCCUCGAUAAACCCACCGAUUUGCAGCUCACACGUACGGGGCAUCGCCGGGGGCCCCGGCCCUUCCAACCGAUACGUGACUUUACGCGGGAAGACAUUGAAGAUGGGCCACCGCUUUCCACGAAGCAGAUCCGUUCGAUUACGAUACUGCGCGAGAUACCGUUCGUGGUACCGUUUAAUACGCGCGUCGGUGUAUUCCAGGGACUGGUAGCUGCGGACAAGCUGCGUACGCAGGGUGAUCUGCAGGGCUUUCUGCAAGGACCGUCGAUACAGCUGGUCGUACGCCGGUCGCAUCUGUACGAGGAUGCGUUCGAUAAGCUAAGCCCAACGAACGAACCGGAUCUGCGGCCUAAAUUUCGCAUCGAAAUGGUCAACUCGGCCGGACUGCGUGAGGCCGGUGUCGACGGGGGUGGCGUAUUCCGGGAGUUUCUGUCCGAGCUGAUCAAGGUGGCGUUCGAUCCACACCGAGGGUUCUUCAUGAUUACGAAAGACAACAUGCUGUACCCGAAUCCGAGCGUCGGUGCGAUCGUAGAGGACUUUCAGCGGCACUACUACUUCAUCGGGCGCAUCCUGGGAAAGGCGCUGUACGAGAACCUGCUCGUGGAGCUUCCGUUGGCCGAGUUUUUCCUUUCCAAGCUGGCUGGCAAGCACUCCGAUGUGGACGUUCAUCAGCUGGCCUCUCUCGAUCCCGUGCUGUACAGGAACCUCAUGUCACUGAAGGCGUACGAUGGGGAUGUGGCGGACUUAGGAUUAGAUUUCACUGUCGUCUGUGAUGCGUUAGGUGUAACUAAGAUUGAAGAACUGAAACCGAACGGAGCGAACAUCAUCGUCAACUCGUCGAACCGAAUCGAGUACAUCCAGCUCAUGGCGGACUUUAAGCUGAACCACCAGAUACGGGCGCACUGUGCCGCGUUCCGGCAGGGUCUCGCCAACGUGCUACCGAUCGAGUGGCUGUACAUGUUCAGCAACAAGGAGCUACAGGUGCUAAUCUCCGGCGCCGAAAUCCCGGUUGAUGUGCAUGAUUUACGGUUGCACACGCGUUACGGUGGUGACUACUCGCACGAUCAUCCCGCCAUUAAGCUGUUCUGGGAGGUGGUGGAGAAGUUUGAUGACAUCCAGCGCCGGUUGCUGCUCAAAUUUGUCACCAGCUGCUCGCGGCCACCUUUGCUCGGGUUUAAGGAUCUCGAUCCACCAUUCUGUAUACAAAAUGCGGGCGAUACGGAUCGAUUACCGUCGGCCAGCACCUGUAUGAACCUGCUGAAGCUACCGGCAUUUGAGCAGGAGGAUGUGCUACGGGAGAAGCUCCUCUACGCCAUCCAGAGUGGGGCUGGGUUCGAGUUAAGUUAAUUCUGGUGCAGGGUGGCGGGUAAGAGGGUGUCUAGAGUGUAGUACGUAUCAGUGUGUGUGUAAGUGUGUUUGCUUCCUUUACUAUAAUGUGAGCGAUAUAUAAUAAACGGUAAGAUCCCGCUCCGUUUUUGCACUCUGUGCGUGCGAAAUGGGGAAGAUAUUGGCACGCUGGAAAUGCAGGUGAAGAAUGUACAAAAACAUGCCUCAUUGAUAAUUAUUAGCCGAA